GACUGGAGAGAGCUUACUGGGGCUGCUGGUGACUUGCUCCGUGAGCCUUAUGACGUGGGCCCGAUCCUUCUCAACCUCGUCAAGGAUUUCCCUGGUUCAUUCGGUCGCUACUUCCGUGACUCCCUCAAACCUCGGCUGCGCGAGCACAUGGCCACCAUGGGGGGCCGGUUGCAACGUGACUUGCUGUCGUUACCGUACCCUGCCAUCGUGAAGACCGACGUCGUGUGCGACGGCGAUGACCUUAGCGACUUGAAUUGGGAGGGGCCCGACUGCAGGCUGGUUGUCACGGUGCUGGCGCUCAACGGGGAGGCAGGCUUCCGCUCGCCGAAGUUCGCGCGCCUCUGCCGCAGGCGCCCGAGCGCUGCUCAGCGGGCAGCCUUGGCUGCCCUGUGUCGCCCCCUGUACCUGGCGACGCGCAUCGAGACCAGCCUGCCUGCAGAGCUCAACUGGGGGGACCGCCUGAAGGACUGCAAGAUCGGCUACGGCGGCGCCGAGAUCACCGCGCCUCAUGAGCUGACCUUGGAGCAGGUGCUGGACGGCUUGCCGCCGCCUGGGGUUGCGGCCUCGAUUGAGGCUGCCAAGGUCGCGACGGGCUUCGUGCGCGACUCGUUGCUGGAUUCUGGGCUGGUGCUACUGCCGCCUGCGCUGAGCCGCGCGGCGCCGACUUCAGUGCGGGCCCACGACGCCCCUGUCAAGUGCCAGGACGGGGUGCUGAGGUCCGUACUCAGGCUCAUCUCCAAUCUGAUCCCGUCGAACGCCUGCCAAGAGUGCAUCAUUGGCGACGCGCCCGAGAUGCCGACGAUGAGCCAGCUGAACGGCCUGGUCUUGACGGAGUCUGGGGACUUGGUGUGGAGCGGCGCCGACAUGAAGGCCUUCUUCUACGCCUUCCGCGCGCCGCCGCCGUGGUGGCCGUGCAUGGGGGUCGGGCCGCCAGCGCCGUCGCGCCGACUGGGUCUCAAGGACGGCGGCGCUGCCCACAUCUGCCUGCGCGUGAUCGGCAUGGGCUGGUUCAUCGCGGUGGGGGUUACGACUCAUCUUCAUCGCAACACACUGCGUCGCAGCAGCGCGGUGCCUCGCGGCUUGUGCCCCGGCUGGGAGAUUACCCGGCGCCGCCGCCUGCCGCUUGGUGCAGAGAAGCCCUGCCCGCCUGCCUGGGUGAUGAUCGGCCACUUGGAGAUCGCCGAGGCCGUUGACAAAUCUGAGGCCGACAAGCUGCGCGGGGCGGUCCCCGAGCUGCUGUCUGAUCCUCGUGCCUGCUACGAGGCCACAAGGUCGCCUGGGUCCCCGGGCAAGGACCUGCACCGCGUGGUGCGCGCUACCUCGCCGGGGCGCCGCUUCAGCGUGAGCGUGAUCGAGGACUUGCUGAUGGGCCUGGCCUUGUCGGGGCUCUGCGUGAUCGGCAUGAGGCUCGAGGUCGACCACCUGGUGACGGCCUCGGACGCGUCGGAGGCCGCUGGGGCCGUGGUGUACAGCACGGCGCUUACCGAGCGCGGGCGUGUCGUCGCGGGCAGACGCCAGCGGCCCGCGAACGCCGCCCGCGAGGAGGAGACCGCCCUGAUCACCGUCUUUGAUGGCAUCGGCGGCGGGCGCGGAGCCUUCGAGAUACUGGGCCUGGUACCAGCGGUUCACCUGUCGUUUGAGAUUGACCCGCAGGCGGUCCGCGUUGCGCGGCGCGCUUAUCCUGACGCACAGCACCUCGGGGAUGUUACAUCUGCUGACCCCGCUGCCUUGGCUAGCCUACUGCGGGCCCGCGGCCGCAUCGCCCGCGCGGUGGUCAUCGGCGGCUUCCCGUGCCAGAUCUACGCGAGCUUGAACGUCGACCGCAAGGGCUCGUCGGACUCGCGCGCCUCGCUGGUCGAUCAUAUGGUGAGGGUCAUCCGAGGUCUGCGUGCAGCCAUGCCCGAGGUGAGCGUUAACUUCCUUGGCAAAAAUGUUGCAUCAAUGGUAGAGUCCGACGUCCUUCACCUCAGCGGGUUGUUCGAGCGGACCCCCUUGGAGAUUGAUGCUGGUGACGUCGGCUGGGUGAGGCGUCCUCGUCUCUCCUGCCUGUCCUGGGACUUGCUGCCGUCGUGCGAGGCCAAGACCGUGAUGGUGCUGACCAAGGACGUGGCCUCUCGCCGCCUGUGCCGCGUGUCGCUGGAGGUGGAGCGCCCGCCGCUGGAGGAGUGGCUGCCCGCAGGCGCGCGCUGUCCUGGAGCGGAGGGGGGCGCGCCCCUUCCAGCGCUCGCUCGUUGGACUCCGCGCUCGCAGCCGCGCCCCAGGCCCGCGGGCAUCGGGGGGUGCACGGCUGCUGAGAUAAUGCGCUGGGAGGAGGCGGCCUUCGCGGCGCCGCCCCGCCAGUUCCAUGACAAGUGGUGCAUUCAUUGGCCUGACGGACGGUUUGCGCCUUCUGGCGCGGUGAUGAGGGAGAAGCUGAUGGGCGUCGCCGAAGGCCGCACCGUGCCGCGCAGGACCAGCAGUGAGGCGGAGGCCGAGCCCGUCAAGUACGAGGGAUUGAGGCGUUCGCUGGUCGGCAACUCGUUCCAGUGCGUGGUGGUGGCGUGGCUGCUGGCGCACUGGGCUGUCGCUGCUGGGCUGCUGGUGGUGGUGCCGCCGUUCUCCGAGCUGCGCGAGAGCGCUCGGGCCUGGGUUGGCGGGCGCAAGCCGUGGGCUGGCGACGUCACCUCGCUGCGAUGCAGCCGUGUGAAGGUCGGCUCGGAGGUCUGCGGCGAGCUGGUGGCCCGCAGCGCAGCCGCAUCGAGCGAACGCCAGCGGGCGGGUGAGCGGCCCGCCGCGGCGGCGCCGGCGACGGGCGGCAGUCUCGUCUACGUCGUGCGCGGCUCACGGCGCUGGAGCCUCGCCCCGUCCUGUUUCGGCAACCCGUUCGCAGUGAGCCCGAGCUACUCCCGCGAGGACACGGCGCUGUUUGCUGGAUGGCCGCGCGGCCAGCCCGAGCUGCUUCGCCACCUGAGGGACUUGCGUGGGGCCAAGCUGGUUGGCCACUGCAGUCAGUCCGAGACAUGUCAUGCAGAUGUGCUGCUUGCAGAGCUGGCCAGACGGGAUGCUGCGUUCUGGCGUGAUUCGGAUGUCUCGCGUAGCAGUCAGCUCAGCAAGGUUAUGCGCAGCUUCUUGGCCUGGGAGCUAGCGAUGGGCGCGCGUGCGGUGUUCAGCUUCACCUCGUCAGCUCGGAACCCCGCGGACGCACCAGCUGGCCUGGGGAAGCUGCGGGAUGCCCGGAUCGGCGCUGCCACUCUCGCCAGAUAUCGUCGGGCAGCCCAGCAGUUUGUUGACUACCUUAACGCCAUGAAUCUGCCGUUGCCGUUCAGUUGGGAAGACAUGGAUGUCACAUUACAAGACUACCUUGAAUACUCUUGGGCCGAAGGUGCCACUAAAGGUCAAGCUAACGAUGCACUGAGUGGAGUACAGCGCCUGUUGAGGACGCGCCGACAGUGCCCAGGCGCGUGGAGAUUGCUGUCAGUCUUGGGGCGCCUAGAGGUGCCGCAGCGUGCGCCACCGAUGCCGCCGCUGGUGUGCCGCGCGCUCGCAGGCUGGGCGCUGGGCCGCGGAGAGAUCGCCUUCGCCGCGACGAUCCUCGCCGGCUUCCACCUCUGCCUUCGGACAGGCGAGGCUCUCGGCCUCUCCAGCGGCGUCAUUCAGCUCAAGCCUUGCGGCAGAGGCGUGGUGUCGUUGCCCUGGGCUACGACAGCCUGUCAGAAGGGAGCACGAGAGAAAGUGACGCUGGAUGACUCGCUCGUAGGAGCA